AUGACAUCUAAUAAGGCGACCAGUGAUCUUCCUACCUCAUGUGCAUCUUCCAUAUCAGAAAUAAACGAUCUCCAACGCAUAUUAGAUGAACAAAAACAGCAGAAGGCCUACUCUACAAAUAUUGGUAAACGCCUCCCUUAUGACAAAUCUAUUCAAUGUUAUAACAUCAUUUGCAAGUAUGGACACCAAAUUAAUACUACAAGGGCGAUUGCGGUUCUGAUAAAUGAUAUAUUGUAUGACUUUAUUAGCAUUUGCGAUAUAGAUGCUCUGUGUAAAAAUAUUGCCGCAGAUUCUAAAUUUUGGACUAUAUUUGUAUCUUUGCUACCAAUUAUGAGUGUACCGGUGUUCACUUCAUCACUUACUGUUAUAUUUGAGGCAUUUCUCUCGUCAGAAGAUAAAUAUAAGGACCAGUUUAUACUGCUCUGUUCAAAUGUUGACUCCAAUAGGAUGAUAUUCGAUAAUUUAAUUGGUAAUUUAGCAAAAGUCUCCAUGAGACAAUCGCCUGGCGUUAUCGUCGACAUAAUAGCAUGCAUUUCGUUAUACAUCAGAUGUAUGGAGGCACUCUCUAAGUAUGCAAUCCAAGCAGCUGUAAUUCUAAUUCCCUCACUCUGGUUUCAGAUGGUUGAGUGUGAUUUCCAACGUAUCGUUUCCACAUUACUAUUAUCACACAAUGCCUUAAUUUCGGCUGCCAUUAUAGAGAAGUUUAUUGUUGUCAAGAGGCAGCUUUGCGAUUUCUUAAUUUCUAUAAAAUUAAGUGAGUAUGCAACACCUUUGGUUAAGAGGUUACAUGAAGCGAUGAAUAAUACAAUUACUCAAACGAAGGGGAUUCAGCUUAAAUUUGAAGAAACUAAUGAAGAAUAUCAUGAGAUGUCUAGUUUAAACCUCUUACAAGCAUACGAUCUAAUUAUAUUUUUGGAGAAUUCAAAUCUAACGUUUAAGAAAAGUUUUUCAGAACAACUCUUAUUUGGUGAACAUCCAUUUCCAUUAUAUAAGGCGAUUUUCAGAAUAUCAGACGAACUACACACAUUUUUUUCUUUACAUGAUAACGAUUUUAUGAGGAACCCGCAUAUUGCAUGCUUCAUUAUCAAUAAAGAAGCAUUUUUGUACUCUUUAAUGUGCAAUCAACUUAGACUUUGGAUAGAAUCAAAAUCUCAAUCUACAGAAGACUUAAACUCUUUGCUUGAUUUGUUACCAGUUAUAUUGGAAAAGAUUAAUGACACAAUAAUACUCUCCAAGUUUCCUCAAUCCUCCAUGCAUCCCUCACAACUACCAUCGGCGGCGUCCUCCAAAGAUCAAUCAAAUAUGACAAAGGCUCUAGAUAUCAUCGAUAUGACAAAUUAUGAAGCAGUUAGAAAAUGGCAACUUGAUAAGAUCAAGGCAAUCCACUACAAGAAAUGGGCACCUCAUAUUUCUGAUUUUGAUGAGUUAUUAUCAACUCAGGUACUUGAUUAUGUUCGUCACCAAAGGCUAUUACAAUUACAAAAGGGUACAUGGGUCUAUGCGGAAAAUCCUCUAGAUUCGAAAAUUAAAGACCCUAAGCUUUUCUUCAUGGUUGUCUCUGAUAACCAUGCUAACUUACUAGUUAGAAAGUUUGCUUCGAAGACGGAAGAGACACCUAUUGUCGAGGAAAAUACUAUAUUAGUCGUGGGAGAAAAUAAUACGAUAAGUCAUUCGAGUACAAAUCUUUUGAAAACUACAAAACCAUCCUCUGAAAAGAAAACUAAGGAAACAUUAGUGAUACCUAUAAAGAGUAUUUGCUAUUUCGAAAAGAAAGAGUUAUCCUUUGAUGGAGUCGAUGGUAAAGGCGUAGGAAAACAAAACCCAAAAGUAGCCAAUACUGUCAAUUUGAUUCACAAACAUGUGUACACUGAUGUCAGAUUGUCAGACAAGGCUCAUAAAAAGAUACUGAGGUUCUUUUUAGAUACGAAGGAAGCAAUCUAUAUUUGGUUAGAUGGUUUACAAUUAAUUUCGCCAUCAAGACACAGGACAGGAAUAUCGACAGAGACCAAAAAUCAAAUUGAGACAUUAAUAGAUUUGAGGAAGAACGUUCAAAUGAUAAAUCUGAAUACUACAGAUGAUCUAGAAUUAUCUGAAUCAGAGAUAGAUGAUGACGACGACGAAUUUAUGAACUUAGAAACUUUAAGAAGUGUUUCCACAGACUUUUAUCAUGAAUGA